AUGAUCUCGGACAUGAUCACCACCAUGCAGGAGAACCUUCAGGCGGAGGCCACGAAGAAGGCUUACUGCGACAAGGAGAUGGGCGAAGCUGCAGACAAGAAGGCGGCCAAGGAGGGCGACCUCGAUGACGUGAGCACCAAGAUCGACGGCACCGCAUCGAAGUCUGCAUCCUUGAAGAAGCAGGUGGUGGCCAUUAAGAAGGAGUUGACCACGCUGGCAGAGACCCAGGCGAACAUGACAGCACUGCGCCAGGAGGAGAAGGCCAUCUUCAAGACCAAGGAGCCGGAGACCGUGACUGGAAUGGAGGGCGUCAAGUCGGCAUUGAAGUCCCUGCGCGACUUCUACAAGAGCAGUGGCGUCAAG